AUGGAAAAAGACAACAGUGGUUGUAAAGCAAAGGGAGAUAUGAAUGAGGGUAGCAUAGAAAAGUAUCAUGGAAACCCGUUCACUAAUUUGAAAGAAGAUUAUUACAAUGAAAAGAUCCAAAGGAUAAUUUGUGCCAUAUUAGUUCGUAAGAACAUAAAAAAAGUAAAUGUUGAAGUUUUCGAUUUACUGUUUAAUUUUUUUAUGAAAAUAAUUAAAACCAUCGGAAUGAAUUGUCGAAAAUUUUCCUCUCUUCGAGGGAGUGUCGUUGUUAAUUAUAUAGAUAUAAAAUAUUGCAUAAAGGUUGUCUUAAACAAUGUGUACAAUGAUAUAUAUAUUACGAAUAAUUUUCAGUACCUUUUUGAUAAUUGUAUAUAUGAUAUUGAAGAACAUGAUGAAAACAUAAAAAUAAAAAACCAUAAUUACAUUAACGUGUUACAGAAUUCAUAUUUGUAUUAUAAGCAAUUAUGUAUGAAACAAAAAGAAAAGUAUGAAACUAUGGACAACUUGGACUAUGUUGACAGCCCUUUGGAUAACAUAAACCGCAUCGAUAGCCUGCAGAAUCUAAGCUGCUUAAAUAACCUAGUGUUUGGAAAUUCUACUUCAAAUGAAAAUGUAAAUGUUCUAUUUUUGAAUGAAAAUAUCGAUAUUGAAAAAUACAAAGAAAUUAUGAAAUUAAAAAAAAAAUAUGUACAUGAUCAUAUGCCUAUUAUACCUCUUACCCUAAAUCGAAAAGAAAAAAAAACAGGGUAUUAUAACGACAAGAUGGAAUAUUACGAAGAGUUGUCCUCUUCUUCUAGUUCUUCAGUCAAAUCAUCAUCGUCAUCUUCAUCCAAUUUGUCUGACCCAUCCAGUGAUUAUUCGGAAUUUUUUAACCAAGUAGACCAAAAUGUAAGUGAAAAAGACAUGUACAACACUCAUACAAAAGAUGAUAUUGGCCAGGAAAAAAUGCAAGUACUAAACCUCUUGCCAAAGUUGAAGGAUAUUUACACGCAAAACGGAAAACGUGCUCAGCAGAAUAACGACACACAGGAUCCCAAUGAAUUCUUGUUCAACUCGCUGAACAUUUUUGAGACCAAGGAGAAGGAUGACUCUUAA